UAGAAAUGAGUUUUUGACAAAUUGUUCAGCAGCUGUAAUUGGUUGUAUUACUGCUUUUUUUAAUGUAAUACUGGAGAGUGGUCUAGUACCAAAAGACUGGUGUCUAGGUAGUAUAGUCCCUAUUUUCAAAAAUAGAGGAAAGGAUACAGAUCCAGAUAACUAUCGUGGGAUAACACUUUUAAGCUGUUUGGGAAAAUUGUUUACUUCCAUCUUGAAUUAUAGGAUAACAAUUUAUUUCGAAAAUGAAUGCAAGCUUGGAGAAGAACAGGCUGGCUUUCGUGCUGGCUAUUCUACAACAGACCAUAUUUUUGUUUUGAAAUCCCUGCUUGACAUUUACUUGUCUAAACGGAAGAGAAUUUACUGCGCUUUUAUAGACUAUAGAAAAGCUUUUGAUAUGGUUGAUAGGGUUUCACUUUGGCACAAAUUAUUGAGGUCAGGGGUGGAUGGUAAGGUGUUCACAGUUAUUAAGAAUAUGUAUUCUCAAGCAAAAUCGUGCGUGAUAGUAGAUGGUCAAAUGUCUGAGGCUUUUCAAUGCGAUGUUGGUGUUAGGCAGGGUGAAAACUUAUCACCACUGCUCUUUGCAAUAUAUCUUAAUGAUUUCGAGGAUUUUCUCAGUAAACACUUUAAAGGUCUCAAAUUUUUAGUUGAAAAUGUAUGUGCUGACAUUUUAGAUAAAGAAGUAAACAAAGAUCUUUUCUUACAAUUAUACACAUUGUUGUACGCAGAUGACACCCUAAUAUUGGCUGACACAGCAGAGGAAUUGCAAGUGGCUUUGAAUGCCUUGUCUCAAUAUUGUAAAAUUUGGAAGUUAAGUGUUAAUGCUAUGAAAACUAAAGUACUUAUAUUUUCAAGAGGCAAUGUACGUAAAUUUCCAGUUUUCAGAUUUGGAGAAGAUGAAAUUGAUGUUGUGGAUGAUUUUGUAUAUCUUGGGGUUCAGGUUAAUUAUAAUGGAAGUUUUAAAAAGGCUAUUUCAAAACAGGUAUCACAGGCCAGGAAAGCCCUCUUCUCUAUGUCAUUAAAGGUUCAAAGACUCAAACUGCCACUGGAUAUUCAAUGUGAAUUGUUUGACCAACUUGUAUUACCAAUACUCAUUUAUGGAUGCGAAGUGUGGGGAUAUGAAGAUCUGAGUCAAAUUGAAAUAUUCCAUAGAAAAUUUCUCAGGUCAGCGUUAUGUGUAAAUAAAUUUACACCAGAUUGUAUGAUAUAUGGAGAAACUGGGAGGGCAUGGCUAGCUAACAGUAUCAAACAUCGAAUGGUUAGUUUCUGGUUAAGAAUAGUAAAAGGUUCUCCCUCUAAAUAUUCAGUCAAAUUUUAUUUUUUGCAAAGGUUAAUUAGUCAGAAUGUAGAUAUGUCUACUUCUUUCAAGUGGUUAUCUUGUAUUGAAAAAAUAUUGAACCAUGCUGGUCUUGGUAUUGUUUGGCUAAAGCAAGGGGAAGGAUUUAGCAAUAGUUGGAUACUGAGCACUCUGAAGUUGAGAUUAAACGAUAUUUCAAAACAAGAUGUGAUGGCAACAAUUUGGACAAACAGUGUGUGCCUAAAUUAUAGGAUCUUUAAAGAGGAUUGUCUCUUUGAAAGGUAUUUAGUUUUGCUGAGUAAAAAAGAUAGAAUAACACUGAGCCGUUUUAGAUGUAGGUCACACCGUUUACCAAUUAAUAAUAACAGAUUCAAAGAAGCUGUUAAUGAAAUUAGUAUUGAAUGCCCAUGUUGUGAUAUGCAUGAGUCUGGUGAUGAAUUCCAUUAUGUUUUUGUAUGCCCUUUUUUCAGAAAGGAAAGAGAGUUAUAUUUAGGUCGCAAAGUAAUAGUUAAACGCCCUUGCACAUCACACAUGUUGAAUUUAUUUUCAUGUUCCGGUAUAGGACAGCUGAAGAAAUUAGUACUCUUCUUAAGGAUAAUAAUGUCAUAUUUUGCUCGUCUAUAUACAUGUAAAUCUGAACAAUCCAAUCAUAUGUCGCCCAUAAAAAGAAAUGUUACAACCCGAAGUGGUAGGUUAAUUAAGCAACCAACAAUUCUUGAUCUGUAGUACAGUCUUUCUUUAGGUCAAGUAUAGUUUUGAUGGUUUGUUUGUUCUUUUGUUCAUUUUUUUGUUUUUUUUGUUAGUAUACUUUUUUUUUUGUUUGUCUUAUUACAUUAUAUUCCAUUAUGUUUUUGUUUGUCCAAUGGACGAUUAUAGCGUAUUUUGUUAGUCUGCAUAUAUCUUAACAAUCCAAUCACAACUCACUUACAUGUACAAAAAUGAAACUUAUAAUUUCUUUUUUAGUUAAGACAAUAAUGUAUU